AUGCUAGCACGUUUCCGCUGGGUAGUGACGGCGAUUGCCGUGGCACUCAACUUCUUCGUUUACUUCUACCCGAACUUGGUGAACACGCCAGAGCUGUGCUCAUGGAGGGGCGAGGUGCUUGAGAGUAAGUACCCGAUCUUGAAUAAGAUCUUACCCGUGGAAAACACGUAUUUCCAAACUGCCUUGCUUAAUUUUCCUUCGCUUAGGGCUCCUAGGGAUAGCAGGACACAUGUUGACGGGAAGGUUUCUGAUAUACAUAUGCUUACGUUCGGUGAUCCUCAGAUCAAUGGUAACUGGAAAUCUACCAAGUACAUCAAGAGACUUGAUAACUAUGGGAACGACUACUACUUGGGCCAUAUUUACAAGAUCAUGCAAUCCCGCUUGGAACCUAGCCACGUGGCUGUGAUGGGUGACCAGUUCUCGUCCCAGUGGAUUCUCGAUUCGGAGUUCUAUAAUAGGACUCUUCGUUUUGUGGAGCGUUUGUUCCCCAGAGAUUAUGAGUAUAAGCAGAAUGUGGUCGAGACAUGGGCCAAGCAUGAGGAUUAUGACUGGAUGGGCUGGCUUGAUAGGGAGAAGGUCAUGGAUCCAGAUCACAGGUUCAAGACUAGGCAGUAUAAGGAUACUUAUGACUGGGUACAUCCAGAACAUCAGGAGCUUAACUUGAAGAAUCCUCUUUUCAUUAACUUGACCGGAAACCAUGAUAUUGGAUACAGUGGAGAUGCUACUUGGCAACAUAUGGCCCGUUUCCAUCUUCUUUUCGGUCAGAACAAUUAUGUCAUUACUUACAACAAGGGCCAGCCAGAGGAAUGGCGUAUAGUUGUGCUUGAUUCGCUUACAUUGGAAGGUCCUGCUUUGGAAGAGGACUUUGUCAAUUACACCUGGUCAUUCUUGGAGCAUUUGAAUGAAACCAAUAAGGAUUUCAAGGGCUCGACAGUCUUGUUCACCCAUAUUCCCUUCUACAAAGAAGCAGGUAUUUGUGUUGACGGUCCCGAGCACCGUUAUUAUGAAAACUACGAAAAAGAACCUUACAAGAACGGUAAGCUUCGGUCGCAAAACCACCUUCUUUACGAGACAUCGCAGAAGGUGUUGAAUAUCAUUUUCCCUAACGCAGACAAAGAGGGCCUCAUCUUGACCGGUCACGACCACGAAGGCUGCUCGUCGUACUACAAUUAUCAAAACGACGAGUGGGUUGCAUCAAAAGCCCCAGUGGAAGACAGCAAAAGAAGACCUAUCCACGAGGUGGUGGUAAGAGCCAUGAUGGGCGAGUUUGACGGUCAAACAGGUCUUGUUAGUGGUCAAUUCGACUACAACCACAACGAGUGGAAGUUUGAUUUCACCUACUGUUCGUUUGUGAUCCAGCACUGGUGGUGGGCUUCGAGGGUGGCUGCAUUGUUAGCUGUCUUGGUCCACCUGCUUGCACUCUUGGGAGUUUAG